AUGGCAUCGCAAAAGGUCGUCGCCGCUUUAUCCGCCAUCGAAUCGCUCACACAUCAACCCUCCAAGCUUGAGCAAUACAAUAACCUUCUCAAUGACAUCGUGUCGACCUCCUCGGGCGACGAGCUUGCUCAGGACAUUGUCUAUUACCUUGAUUCGUUCCUCAAUAAUGAUAUUACUGUCGGAGCGACUCGGCCUCUGCUUGAUUCAUUCAUCGUCUAUCUGCAAAAAUUCGACCCUGAGGUCCAGAUAAAGACCGGACAACAUGCGAUCACGUUACUCCAGUCGCGCGCUACCUCGGUGGAAGAGCAGGACUCACAGAUACGGGAAAUACUGGCUAGCGCAUACGAGUCACAAGAAGAUUACAGUGCUGCUGCCCGUGCUCUCUCAGGAAUCAAUAUCGACAGCUCUCAACGCCUGGUCCCGGACACGGCGAAAGCUCGCCUUUGGAUUCGAAUCGUUCGCUACUACCUGGAGGACGAUGACACAACGAGUGCAGAGGGCUUCUUGAAUCGUAUCAAGAAUUUGCCAAGCAAAGUGGAGGAGCACGAUCUCAAGUUGUACUUUCAGCUUUCGCAAGCCCGCAUCCUGGAUGCUCGCCGACGGUUCCUUGAUGCUGCUCAGGAGUAUUUUAACGUCAGUCUAGCCACAGGCGUUGAUGAAAAUGACCGACUUACUGCGCUUUCAGCUGCUAUCAGAUGUGCAGUGCUUGCGCCGGCAGGCCCACAAAGAUCACGUUUUCUUUCUCGACUUUACAAAGAUGAGCGUACUUCAUCGGUGAACGAGUUCUCCAUUCUGGAGAAAAUGUUCCUUGAUCGACUUCUCAACGCCGAUGAGGUUUUUGCUUUUUCACAAAAGCUUGCUCCACAUCAACUUGCUAUCACGGCUGACGGUACUACGGUCCUCGACAAAGCUGUCAUUGAGCAUAAUCUUGUCGCAGCCAGCAAACUUUAUGAUAAUAUCCAUGUCGAUGCGCUGGGUACUAUUCUAGGACUCAAAUCGUCGAGUGACUUUUCGGCGGGCGAGAAAGCCGAAGCCUACGCCGCGCGGAUGGUAGGAGAGGGUCGUCUUCGUGCCCGAAUUGAUCAAAUCGAUGGCAUUAUCUGCUUCGAUGCCGAGCUAGCAGGCCCUGGCGCAAACGGGGCGAGCUUGCGCCAAUGGGACCAGGGAGUCCAAGAACUUGCGGAAAACGUUGAACGCGUUGCGACCAGUAUUGCCGAGCACUUCCCGGAGUUUGCCACCGGUCAAAUGGUGCAUUAG